AUGUCCUCGCUCGAGGCAAAAAUCGUCGUGCUAGGCGCUCAGGGUGUCGGAAAGACGUCCCUGGUAAUGCGAUACUGCAAGGGAAGCUGGGACCCCUCGCAAAUCACCUCCACCGUCGGCGCCAGUUUCCUCACAAAACGCAUCGUAGACGCCGACACGGACACGACGGUGCGGCUGCAGAUAUGGGAUACAGAACGAUUCCGCUCAAUAUCCCGCCUGUACUACCGCGGCGCAAACGCCUGCAUCCUAUGCUAUAGCAUCACCGACGCACAGUCCUUCGCCGAGAUGGGCGUGUGGCUGACCGAGCUGCGGCGCAACCUGCCGGGUGACGUCAUCCUUCACGUCGUGGGGACAAAAGCCGACAUCGUCGCCCGCGACCCUUCGGCCCGCCAGGUCCCCUUCGAACGCUGCAUAGCCUACGUGGCCGAGAACCUCGCCCCGGGACAGGGAGGUACCCCGCCGCCCACGGCGUCCGGGUUCCUCUCCUCCCCCUUCCAGGGCGGCGGCUCCUCCCUACCGUCAAUGUCACCGGGGAACAAUAGCAGCCAUAACAACAACAACAACAAUACUUUUGUGGGUGGAGGGGUGGGAGGGGGUGGUGCGUACCCCAGCUCCGCUGACCCGCACAGUCCCAGCUCUAAGCGCAGCUCGGGCUUCUGGGGCCAGGAGGUAGGCUGGGACGCCUGCCACGAGAUCAGCGCCGAGAGCGGCGAGGGCGUCGAGGAGGUCUUCCGCGUCGUCACGCGAAAGCUCGUCGAGCAGAACCGGAAGAUGCAGCAGGCCCUGCUGCUCGCCACGUCCCUACCCCAGCCCACGCCGGGCUUCGGCGCCGGCCCCGACCCUUCCGCCCUGGACGGCGACUACUUCGGUGCCGGAGCGGCCUAUCCGAGGGGCAGCUUCCGCGUCGGCCGCGACAGGCGCAGCUGGCUUUUCCCCCAGUCAUUCUCACCCACCGUGACUGUCGAUCGGGCCGGCUCGACGAAUGACGGCCACGGUCAGCAGCAUCAGCAACCCGACUACGAGGGCAAGAAGCGCAGCGCCUGCUGCUGA